AUGCACAACAACAGACCCUUCUACAAGAUUGUCGCCGCCUACAACAAGCGGCCGCGGGAUGGGCGCCACUUCGACAAACUCGGGACCUACGACCCCCUGCCCAACGUACACAAUGAGAAACUGGUGAGCCUGAAUGUGGAGAGGAUCAAAUACUGGAUGGCCUCUGGAGCUCACAUCACCAAACCCGUCGCCAAACUGCUGGGACUGGCCGGGUUCCUCCCUCUCCAUCCCAUGACUAUCACAGCAGCUGAGAGACUGAGGAGAGCCAAAGAGGAGACAGCGGAGGAAGACCAUCCCGCGGGGGAGGCGGGAGACCAUCCCGCGGGGGAGGCGGGAGACCAUCCCGCGGGGGAGGAGAAGGAUCAGGUCUGA